AUGGAGAUUCUCAAGGGGACCCAGGGCAGCUUCCCCAAGGUCCUCUUGCUCACAGCCUCCAUCCUGGCCCUCUGGCUGCCCCAAGGCUCCUGGGCCACUCUCCACAUCCAGAAGAUCCCAGAGAGACCUCAAAAGGACCAGGACCUCCUCCUAUCUGUCCUCGGGGUCCCCAACACCUUCCAGGACUUCACCUGGUACCUGGGGGAGGACACGGAUGGAGGCACCAGGCUCUUCACCUACAUUCCCGAGCUUCAACGGCCCCAGAGGGACGGCAGUGCCAUGGGACAGCGUGACAUCGUGGGCUUCCAGAAUGGCUCCCUGCUGCUGCGCCGGGCCCAGCCCUCGGACAGUGGCACCUACCAAGUAGCCGUCACUGUCAACCCGGCCUGGACCAUGAGGGCCAAGACAGAGGUCCAGGUGGCUGAAAUUAACAAGCAGCCAUCCACCGCACACCUGCCCUUGAACGCGUGGAUGGUGGCAGCCGCCAUCAUUGGGCCUCUGGCCUUUGGGUUCUUCCUCAUUGGCAGCAUUGCGUAUCUUCUGGUGACACGGGGCUGGAGGGGCCGGAGCCCCAGGACGGCCACCACAGAGAAGCCGGAGCUGGGGCCCACGCAUGAUGCAGAUGACAACAAUGUCUAUGAAGUCAUGCCAUCUCCUGUCUUCCUGGUGUCCCCCAUCAGUGACAUGGGGCCCAUGAACUCAGCCACACCCCAACUCCCAACCCAGCAGCCACAGCAAGAACCUCACCACUACCAGGACCUGCUAAACCCCGACCUGGCCCCUUACUCCCAGCUGGUGCCAGCACCCUGA